AUUGAGCCAAAUAAUAACAUUCUGUAUUAAGAGACCGCGUUUUUAAUUUUUUGUAACUCCUCUCUUUUUUACGCUUUUUUCUUUCUCUUUCUGUAUUAAACAAGAUGAACUUUGACGAAAUUGAAGAACAAGACGGUAUUCGUUUCUCUUGGAAUGCUUGGCCAUCUUCACGUACUGAAGCCACAAAGGCUGUUGUUCCUAUUGCUUGUCUCUAUACACCUUUAAAGGAACGUGAAGACUUUAUUGAAAGCCCCAUCUGGUAUGAGCCUGUUACCUGUAAAGCUCCCUGCCGAGCCAUCUUGAAUCCUUACUGUCAAAUCGACGUGCGUGGUAAGCUCUGGAUUUGUCCCUUCUGUCUUCAAAGAAACGCGCUUCCACCUCAUUAUAAGGAUAUCUCAAACACCAAUCUUCCUGCUGAACUUUUGCCUAAAUACACCACGAUUGAAUACAACUUGAACCGUGUUGCUCAAAUCCCACCUAUCUUUUUAUUCAUCGUCGAUACCUGUCUUGAAGAAGAAGAUUUAAAGGCACUGAAGGAAUCUUUGAUUGUCAGCUUAAGUUUGUUGCCUGAAUAUGCCUGGGUGGGUUUGAUCACCUUUGGUACCAUGACCCAAGUCCAUGAAUUGGGCUUUUCUGAUUGCCCCAAGUCAUUUGUUUUCCGUGGUACAAAGGAAUAUGCUGCAAAGCAAAUCCAAGAAAUGUUGGGUUUAACCAACAAUCUUGCUCGCCCUGUACCUGGACAACAUCCCAAUCGUCCCGGUCAACCACCUCAAAUGACCAUGGCUGCUAACAGAUUCUUGCUUCCAGUCAAGGAUUGUGAGUUUGUCUUGACCUCUAUCUUGGAAAACUUACAACGUGAUCCUUGGCCCGUGGCUGAUGAUAAGCGUCCUGAAAGAUGCACAGGUGUUGCCAUGAGUGUUGCUGUUGGUCUCUUGGAGACCACAUUCCCCAACACAGGUGCUCGUAUGAUGCUCUUCUCUGGUGGUGCUGCCUCUGAAGGACCUGGUAUGGUUGUCAGUAACGAAUUAAGAGAACCUAUUCGUUCCCAUCAUGAUAUUGAAAAGGAAUCUGCAAAGCAUUACAAAAAGGCCACCAAAUUUUAUGAUGCACUCGCUAAAAGAGCAGCUCAAAAUGGCCAUACCAUUGAUAUUUUUGCUGGCUGUCUUGAUCAAAUUGGUUUGUUAGAAAUGAGAUCGAUGGUCAACAGUACAGGUGGUUUUAUGAUCUUGGCUGAUUCUUUCAACACAGCCAUCUUUAAGCAAAGUUUCCAACGUAUCUUUCAAAAGGAUAGCCAAGGCCAUUUACAAAUGGGCUUUAAUGCCACUAUGGAUGUUCAGACCACACGUGAAUUAAAGGUCUGUGGUCUUAUUGGCCAUGCUGUCUCUGCCAACAAGAAGACUGCCUAUGUAGGUGAAACUGAGAUUGGUAUUGGCAAUACUUCUGCCUGGAAGAUGUGUUCAUUAAACCAUGAGACAACCAAUGCUGUCUAUUUUGAAGUGGUCAAUCAACCCUCUGCUCCUUUCCAGCCUGGUUCUCGUGGUCUGAUCCAAUUCGUUACUCACUAUCAACAUUCAAGUGGUCAAUUCCGUCUUCGUGUCACUACGGUUGCUCGUAACUUUGCUGAAGGACAAAGCCCUGAGAUUGCCAAUUCAUUUGACCAAGAAACUUCUGCUGUCUUGAUGUCGCGUAUUGCUGUCUUUAAGGGUGAAAUUGACGAUGGACCUGAUGUGUUGCGCUGGUUGGACCGUAUGUUGAUUCGUCUCUGUCAACGCUUUGCUGAUUACCGUAAAGACGAUCCUCAUUCCUUCAGACUGUCUGAAAACUUUUCUAUUUACCCUCAAUUCAUGUUCCAUUUAAGACGUUCUCAAUUCUUGCAAGUCUUUAACAAUUCGCCUGAUGAAACUGCCUUUUAUCGCCACACAUUGAACCGUGAAAAUGUCGAUUCUUCUCUUAUCAUGAUUCAACCUACUCUGACAUCAUACAGCUUUGAUAGUGCACCUCAACCUGUCUUGUUGGAUUCUGUUUCUAUCAAGGCAGAUGCUAUCUUAUUGUUGGAUACUUUCUUCCAUAUUUUGAUCUUCCAUGGUUCUACUGUUGCACAAUGGCGUGAAGCUGGUUAUCAAGACCAAGAAGGCUAUGAAAACUUCAAGCAACUUUUGGAAGCACCUGUCUUGGAUGCUCAAGACUUAUUGAUGGAAAGAUUCCCUGUUCCUCGUUACAUUGUGUGUGAUCAAGGUGGAUCUCAAGCUCGUUUCUUGCUCUCUAAAUUAAAUCCCUCUACCACACAUACCUCUGGCAGUCCUUAUAGUGCUACUGAUGGUGCUGUUGUCUUGACUGAUGAUGUCAGCUUGCAAGUCUUUAUGGCCCACUUGAAAAAGUUGGCUGUUGCUGGUGCUUCUUAAAUAUAACCUUUCUUUUUUUUUUCCUUUUAUUUUAUAUGCAUAUUCCAUAUAUACACACGCUUGUAAUCCCUCUCUCUCUCUUUCUCUCACCUUCUACUUACAUAGAUUGAAUAAAAAUCAAACAAAGUUUGUUACA